CCUCCAAUCACUUCAAUCCAACCGUUGUCGGUACCAUGACUUAAGGAACUCUUUUGCCGAGCUCUCCAACGUGUAUGUUCAGCCUGAACUCAGACUUUAUAAAGCUUGUGUAAAAUGGGUCGACGCAAGUCUAAAAGAAAGCCUCCUCCAAAGAAGAAGAUGACAGGGGAUCUGGAAACUCAGUUCACCUGCCCCUUCUGUAACCACGAGAAGUCAUGUGAUGUCAAAAUGGAGAGAAGCAGGAACACUGGAGUAAUAUCAUGCUCUGUCUGUUUGGAGGAGUUCCAGACUCCUAUUACCUAUCUGUCGGAACCUGUAGAUGUGUACAGUGACUGGAUAGAUGCCUGUGAAGUAGCCAAUCAGUAGUCCUCAUGGAGCUGGACGCGCCUCAGGAAGCUGGAGAGGUCGAACAUGCGUUAAUAGGGCCGCGCCUAUUCAGAUCAUGCUGCUUCAAGGAUACAGUUGAAACAUUGAACCAUGAUAUUUUGUGAAUUUUGAUGGUCAGUAAAGACAUACAACUCUGGUAGCAGCGGCCUCGCUUCAGACUCCUUAGCAAAAAAAAACAACAACUUUCAUCUUGAUUAAGUUUAUUGUAAGAUAGUAGCCUACGACUUUAGCUUUAAAUCAGAUUUUAUAUAAUUUUUCCUGUGUAGGGUACCUUGACUUUUCCUUGAUACGGCAGGGUGGUUUUGUUUUUAAAUGUAAUGUUAGAUGGCCCUGAAACAAAUGCUGUCUUUUUAGAUAUUUAAUUUUGAAAUAAAAUGGAAACCAAGAUAUUUAGUUUAUUCUUACUGCUAGAUAUUGCAGAUUCAUAGUUUAUGCAAAAAGUGCAUAAUUUGAAGAGGUCAGGUCCUUGCAUGUAAUUGUGAGAUCAGUAAGUACUGGAUGAAGUGUACUAAAUUAACUCGCAAUGAUCAAUUUAUGCAAAGGUUUAAAAAUUCAAGCUCUGCAGCUUUUUCACCUUAAUCCCUCCGCAGGAUCUCUUUGAAUUGCAACAUUGUCUUAUUUACUGUAUUUAAACUUGGAGCUGGUGGGAACUUCUUCAGAUAGAUUUAGAUGUAAUUUAGGUAAAUGAUGCUUUGAAUUAGUUAUUUUUGUCUUAAAUGCUGCAGAUUGCCAGUUAGUUUUUGCAUAAAUAAAAUAACCCAUCAUUACCUCUAGAGAGAGCAUGAUAUCACCAGUUUUCUUCGCCAACACAACACUGUUAAAACACUCUGCCUCAUCUUAAAGUACUGCAGCUUUAGGUCAUCUAAACACAAUAAAAUGAUUAAAUGCAGAAUAAAACCAGUUAGCUACAUAGUUUAGAGGUCAUUAGUUAAAUGGUUCAUUAUUCCUUAAGUUUUCACUUCAUUGUUUUUUCUUGUUUGAUGAAAGAAUCUUGCCCUAAAAGAGGGAAAUUCAGAAAAGAGUAUUUUGCUCUGCUGAAAUCUGUAAUGCUGGUUGAUUUUAAAUUAAUUGUAAUGCUUUCAACUGUGAUCAGUGAAAUAAAGACUUCUUACUUGA